AUGAGUGAAAUGAUAUUAGCAAAGGGAGUUGUUCUUCCUGUUCUUGCGACCGUAAAGGAAUUGGUAACCUUUGAAACAUCCAUUUCGAUAUCAAUCCAAAACCAAACUACUUCACAUACACUCCGACUAGAAAACCAAUAUUGUAACGGAGAUUGUAUCAGCCCUCCCGAACCUACCAUUAAGCCCUCCAAUAAAUUUUCUCCUGCAAAAUUUGAAGGCAUGUUUAAAAAACGUGGAACAGUGGGGAUGCUUUGCUACCAAGUUGAAGGUUCAGUGGGGCCUACUAAUACACCAUAUUACCUAUUAAUAGGUUGGAAGGUGAAGAGAAUGGCUGCCAAUCAAUUCUGUAUAAGGGUUUUCGAAUCUGACGAGCCACCACUCCAAGGAAACAAACAACAAAAAGCCGAAUUUUGCAAAUCAAUAAUUAAAAAACACAAACAGUCCACCGACCAACUUAUUCGUUGGCCGGCAUGUAAUGUGAAUAUUGGUAACAGAUUCAGAGUUCACGCUACUAUGUCUAGUGUGUAA